AGAGACCGCGGAUCAUUUUGAUAGGUUGUUGCUACUGAAGGAAACAAAGUGUUUGCGUUGUUUGAUUGGUAUACGGCGGUUAAUUAAAGAUGAAGUUUUCCCAUUCUUUACAAUUUAAUGCUGUACCUGAAUGGUCUUCUAAAUAUAUUGCAUAUACCACUUUAAAGAAGCUUAUUUACUCUUUGCAAAGAGAUUCUUUGAAGAAGAAAUCGUUUGAUUUGGAAGAAGAAUCCCAGUUGAUAUCCAAUGAGAUAACUGGUGCUAAUGAAACGGAUUCUUCAAGUGUAUUUUUGGCUGCGUUAGAUGCCGAGUUGGCUAAGAUAGACGAUUUCUAUAGAAUCCAAGAAGAUUUGUGUUUUAAAAAAGUCGAUGAAUUAAUUCUUGAUAUUGAAAAUUUCGAAAGUGAUUUGCACAGCAAUGGUUCUAUUUCAAGUCGCAGAAAUUCUUCUCUUAACCAAUUUUCAUUAGGCCAAAAUGGUAAUCGAAGUAGAACUAAUUCAAAUCCUUCUGUUGACCAAUUCCAUACUACCACCGAUCCCGAUACUGAAUUCACUCAGGAUGACGAUGAAGAUGAUGAAGAUGAUAAUAGUGCUAGAAAUUAUAAUGGUCCAGACCAUAGACGUAAUAAUCAAAGAGAUGGUAUGGGUGGCUCAACAACUUUAGAUCAAAGCAAAUCCCUUGAUGAUUAUUUGAAAUCCCCUAAAACUCCUGCUAUUUGGAGUAGUAUCAAUAAUUCAAAUUUUGAUGCGUUACCUCCUCAAUUAGUUAUACUUUCCGAAACUAGAGUCAUUUUAAGAAAAAGAGUCAUUGCUCUUUUCACUACCUUAUCAGAAUUGAAAUCUUAUAUUGAAUUAAACCAAACCGGGUUUAAAAAAGCUUUGAAAAAAUUCGAUAAAUCUUUAAACACUUCUUUGAAAGACCAAUACUUGACUAAUUUACCUCUCAAGUCUUAUGUCUUCAAACAAACUACUGUUGAAAAAGUUAGUGAUCAUAUUGAAUCCUUGGUUAAAUUAUAUGCUUUGAUUUGUAAUCAUGGUGCUGAUUUAGAAACUGCAAGACAAGAAUUAUCAAUCCAUUUAAGAGAACAUGUUGUUUGGGAAAGAAAUACCGUUUGGAGAGAUAUGAUUGGCUUGGAACGUAAAACUUAUGCUGCAAAUCAAAGAUUGAAAUCAAACAAUAAUAAUAUCAAUGAAAAACUGGGUAAAAAUGGAUCUCCUCUCACUUUCAACAUGUCCUGGAAAAAUCCUACUUUUUUAAAAUUAUUUUCAAUCAUUGCAAUAACUUUAAUUUUAUUGAAUUUUUCUCCCUUCAAAGAUGAACAGCAGAAAAAUUGCUUUGCCCUUUUAAUUUGUGCAUCUCUUUUAUGGGCUACAGAGACUAUUCCUCUUUUCGUCACUUCUCUUUUAAUUCCGCUUUUAAUUGUUAUCUUGGAUGUUUUGAAAAAUCAAGAUGGUUCAGUAAUGAGUACCGUUGAUUCAUCUAAGUUCAUUUUAGGAUCAAUGUGGAAUUCAGUCAUUUUAUUAUUAUUAGGUGGUUUUACAUUGGCGGCUUCUUUAUCGAAAUAUCAUAUCGCUAAAUUAAUUUCUACUUGGAUUCUUUCUAAAGCUGGUACCAAUCCUUCAGUAGUCUUAUUAACAAUUAUGGGGGUAGCAUUAUUUGCUUCGAUGUGGGUAUCAAAUGUCGCUGCUCCAGUUUUAUGUUUUUCAAUCAUUCAACCUUUAUUAAGAACUUUACCAAAAGGUUCUCAAUUUACCAAUGCUUUAAUUUUAGGUAUUGCUUUAGCUUCUAAUAUCGGUGGUAUGGCUUCUCCAAUUGCUUCACCUCAAAAUAUGAUUGCCAUUGGAUCUAUGGAACCUCAACCAUCUUGGGGUCAAUGGUUUGUUAUUGCCAUCCCUGUAUGUGUUUUAUCACUUUUAUUUAUUUGGGCAUUUCUAUUACUUACUUUUAAAUGUAACUCUAAAAACACUCAAUUAGUUGCCAUCAGAACCAUCGAUGAUAAAUUCACUGGUGUUCAAUGGUAUAUUAUUGCUGUUUCUAUUGGAACAAUUUUCUUGUGGUGUAUUGCAUCUAAAUUAGAAGGAAUUUUUGGUGAAAUGGGUAUUAUUGCUCUUAUUCCAAUUAUCUUAUUUUUCGGUCCUGGUUUACUUACCACUGAAGAUUUUAAUAAUUAUCCUUGGAAUAUUGUUGUUUUAGCAAUGGGUGGUACUGCUUUAGGUAAAGCGGUUGCAUCAUCUGGUUUAUUGGCCACCAUUGCCGUUAGUAUUCAAAGAGAAGUUGAAGGAUUUUCCUUAUUUGCAGUUACUUUAACUUUUGGAUUAUUAAUUUUAACCAUGGCUACUUUUGUUAGUCAUACAGUAGCUGCUUUAAUUAUAAUACCAUUAGUCUCUGAAAUUGGUAAUGCAAUGCCAGACCCUCACCCAAGAUUGCUUAUUAUGGCUAGUGCAUUAUUAUGUUCAGCAGCCAUGGGUUUACCAACAUCAGGUUUCCCUAAUGUUACUGCCAUUUGUAUGACUGAUGAAUUUGGUAAGCCUUAUUUGACAGUCGGUACGUUCAUUACUAGAGGUGUUCCAAGUUCAAUAAUUGCAUACAUUAUAAUUGUCACAAUUGGAUUUGGAACCAUGAAGCUUAUUAACUUUUAAAUUUUAAUGUAUAUCAAUUUUUAUAGUAACAGUCUAUCAAACGAUGUCAAAGAUCAAUCCUUUCAGUCAAGAACAAACUUAU